AUGCCUUCACUUCUCCUGAGGGAAGUGGAUUUUCUGGGACAUGUGGUCAGCCAGGAAGGAAUUAAGGAACAGCCUCAAAAGAUUAAGGCAAUUAGAGAUUUUCCUAGGCCGAAGACUUUGAGAGAACUACAGUCUUUCUUGGGACUUGCAAAUUAUUACUGUAAAUUUUUGGAGAAUUUCAGCAAGAUGGCUCGCCCCUUGUAUGAGCUAACCAAAGAUGGGGAAGAGAAAACCAAACCCUCUCAAUUGAUUGAUUGGAAUAAUGAAGCCGAGAUGAGCUUUGUGAAGAUUAAGGAUACUUUUAAAAUAAGGCAGAAAGAAAUUAUAGCACCCUUGAACGAGAAGCCCUUGCAAAGGUAUGGUCUUAAAGUAAACAGACCCCCUGCUGUUGGGGCACAAAUUCCAGUGUGGGCAGUUUAG